AGUGAAGUUUCGGCUCGAGCCGUGCUCUCGGUUGUUUUUGUUUUAGCGGGCGGCGGGCUCCGUGACAGGGUCUCCCCUCCCUAGUUUCUCUCAUUCACCAUCGGAAGUUGACUGUAUAAAGUGAACGGGAGGCAGACCUGUGGAACGCAGCACGCUGGGAAGCUAAAUGGGUGCCGCUUCGAGCGCGGAGGGCGAGAGGGAGCCGCUGCUCGCGGGCGUCCCGGCGGAGGCGCGCCUACAGCCUGCCUACAGCCGGGUGUUCGGCCGAAGAUGGCUCGUGCUCGUCAUCUUCUCGCUGCUGGCCUUCAUGCAGGGCAUGGUGUGGAACACGUGGGGCCCGAUCCAGAACUCGGCCAAGCACGCGUACGGCUUCUCGGACACGGACAUCGCCGUCCUGGUGCUGUGGGGCCCCAUCGGCUACAUCCCCUGGCUGCUCUUCAUGUGGCUCAUGGACAAGAAAGGCCUGCGCUCCUCGUUGCUGCUGUCGACCCUGUUCAUGGUGGCGGGCGCCGGCAUGCGGGUCAUCCCCCUGCAGGACCUUCGCCUGAGAAGAUGGCUCAUCCACGGGGGUCAGCUGCUGAACGGUCUCGCGGGACCGACCAUAAUGAGCGCGGGACCCCUGCUCUCCACCACGUGGUUCGCGCCGGAUCAGAGAGCCACGGCGACGGCGGUCGCGUCCCUUGUCGGCUACCUGGGUUCGGCGGGGUCCUUCCUCAUCGGACCCCUCCUCGUCCCGGCGCCCAACGACACGGCAGCGGCGCACAAAGUGAGCGCCUGGGACGUCAACCACAUCGAGGAGCGGCUCCAGCUCGUUCUCUAUGCAGAGUUUUUCGUGAUCGCCGUGCUCUUUGGGGCCGUGCUCUUCUACUUCCCCUCUCGGCCCCCGGUGCCCCCCAGCGUGGCCGCCGCCAGCCAGAGGCUCAGCUACAGGAGCAGCAUCUGCAGACUGCUCAGCAACGUGCGCUUCCUCAUGAUCGCGCUGGCUUACUCUGUGCCCACGGGGGUGGUGGCCGGCUGGUCCGGAGUCCUGGACAUGAUCCUCACGCCUGCCAAGGUCAGCCAGGUGGAUGCGGGAUGGAUCGGUUUCUGGUCUGUCGUCGGAGGGUGCGUGUUUGGAGUGGCCAUGGCCAGGUUUGCGGACUCCAUCCGGGGGAUGCUCAAGCUCAUCCUGGUGCUGAUGCUGGCAGGUGCAUCUUUGGCUUCCACCUGGUUCACCCUCACCUGCCUGACCCGGGUCACCCAUCUCCCCUCCACCGCUGCCACUCUCUACACGUCCUGCAUCCUCGUGGGUAUUUUCAUCAACAGCAGCGUGCCCAUCUUCUUCGAGCUCUUCAUUGAGACGGUGUACCCGGUGCCCGAAGGAAUCACGUGUGGCGUGGUCACCUUCCUGAGCAAUCUCUUCACCGGCCUGCUGCUUUUCUUCCUCACCUUCUACAUCACAGACCUGUCGUGGCUCAACUGGUGUCUCACAGGUUCCUGUCUCUUCAGCCUCGUCCUCAUCGUCUUCUUCAGGGAAUCCUACGACCGCCUCUACCUGGACGUCUUUGUCUCCGUCUGAGUGACCCUCCCUUCAAAGACUGGAACCUUUUACCCAUGAGCCUCCUUGCUCCAAAUUGCACAGAAGAAAGAAAACGCAGAGACUGAAGGCACAAUAUAUCCCUUUCUUUCAAUGGACGUUUUAAUGUUUUUUGUUUUCUAGAAAGAAUAAGAAAAAUGUUUAAUAUUUAUCAAAAUGGUGAUUAUGCAUUUUGUAUUAAUUUAAAACCACAGCUAAUCAAAGGUCCUUAAAUGUUAGGUAGGAGAAUAAAGUCGAUGUUUGUGUCGGCAUGCCCACUAGUUCUCUAGUUCUCUGAGACCUGUUGUAAAUUCCGGUUGUUGUUUUUAAAGUGCUGUACAAUUGUAACAUGAGCUCUGGGCGUGGCAUGAGGGGAAAUUUUGCUCGUUGUUUACAUAUUCUUGUUUAUGAGAAGCAUUAAAAGUCCUAGAUAUCUUCUUUGUUCGACUCCGAUUGGAGAAGAGAGAGAUCAACAGAAACACUCAACGUGUCUGAGUUGCUCACACGGGAACACGUUGUUUUAAAAGUUAUACUUUGAGGUUUUUUUUUUUUUUUUUUAAUUGGAGGUGAUUGCUUCUUUUGAAAUUGAAGGUCUUCUCCCUUCAAAUAUUUAACUAGCAGUCAAAUUCUCUGUUUUUCCAAUCAGAUAGUUGAUUGGAUGUCAGUCCAGCGCAUACAAGUGUCAAAGGUGCUGAUUGGAUGAGACCAGGCAAGCGCUUUUCUGUGACGCACCAAUGGAAAAACAUCUUUAGCUUUCUGGGGAAGAUGUAGAUUUAAUGAAAGGCAUUUUGUGAACUGUUCUUUUCAUGUGUUGCAAUGGUAAUUUCAGACAUUUUUACAUAUUUUUUAAAACGUUUCUUGCAUGUUUACAUUAUUUCAGUGGCCAAUACACUAACUCAGAGAAGUCUAUUUAAUAAAGCAUGUUUUGUGAAGUGGAAAACUAGAACUGGAAUAUUACAUAUCUGGGGCCUGUACUGUAAAGGCCACCUGCUUUAUUGAAGAAAUGUACAGUUACAAUACCGAGAAAUGUAAUACACCCUGCUUACCAGCAGGGGUCAUGGUGUGCAAGAGCUAAUUUCAUUUGCCGAAGGAAUAAAAAGGAAAUUGGGUAAGAGGAUUGCCGAUCCCUUCGGACACAAAUGUAGGUGGCGUAAUGCUUAAGGACACAGAUUUGUAACAUGAAGGUUAUUGGAUCAAGUACUGGAAGGGAUCCUGCUGUAGUACCCUUGAAAAGGGUGCUGCAUGAAUGGGCACAGUUAUGAGGCACUCUGUCAAACCUUCAGUGGAGCAUUUUGGUAAUAAUGCUAGUAAUAAAUAAAAAUGCUCUUAUAUAGUAUAGGAUAAUGUGGGCACCACAGAUAUCGAUUACUUUUAGAAUUAAUCUUAGGGAUUAAAAAUAGCAAAUCGGGUCAUGGGCUGAGCACAGAAUAGGAAUGAGAGUUGAGGUAGGAACCGUAUUGCAUAAAUUCUGAGCGGAUUUUAGCGGACAAGCAGCACGCCUCCGGCACGGGUCUGCGGGCGAAACAGAAUUUAGCGUAGCGUGUGGACGAAAGAUAGUGUAGCAACUGGAUUUUGUGAUUCGGUGCUGGAUAGGGACAUCACACAACCUGUCUAGCUCCUUGUGCGCUCUCAGGAUCGGGCAGUUGGGGUGAUUCUUGGGACCGGGUUCACCGUGGAUUUGUUGGAUUUGUUGACGGUACCCGCUGUCUGUUGUACGUAGACCUGUCCGUGCUUUGUGAACGGUUGCCUUAAUAUUCAGUGACCUGUGGAUUUUUGUGUUUCCCACCACUUACGACACUGUGAUGAACAUGUUCUUGUACCAUAGAGCAGUUGAAGAUGUACCUGGUGUGCAUUGCUCAGCUAGGAUCCAGGUGUUACUGCCAUUAAACAUGUCAAAUGUGUA